AAUGCAAGUCGACAACUAAAAUUAGUCCCACCUCAUCCUCAUCCACACACGAUUCUGUUCCUUUCGCCAAAAAACAAUAUCCAAAAUUAAUAGAACUUGUCUCAACUCGCUUCACUUCCACUUCCCGAUCCCUCUCCAUGGCCACCCUCCUCGAAUCCAUCUCCGUCGUCCCUCGCCCUUCUGCCGCUAUCUCUCCCGUUGUCGCUCGCCGGAGUUCCCUCAAGUUCGCAACUUACGUGGGCCUCAGGCCUAGGCCCAGGCCCAGACACAUUUUCUCCACUCACUGCGCUACUUCCAGAAUCGCUAGCCGUAACUCACGCGUACUGUGCGAGGCUCAGGAUACCGCUGUUGAUGUGGCUGCUAUUACCGAUGAAAAUUGGCAAUCGCUUGUUCUUGAAUCCGAAUCUCCCGUUUUGGUUGAAUUCUGGGCUUCAUGGUGUGGUCCCUGCAGAAUGAUUCACCCUAUAAUUGAUGAACUAGCCAAGCAAUAUGCUGGAAAACUCAAGUGUUACAAACUCAAUACUGAUGAGAGCCCUUCAACUGCUACCCGGUAUGGUAUUCGAAGUAUCCCAACUGUUAUGAUCUUCAAAAAUGGUGAGAAAAAAGACACAGUUAUUGGAGCUGUGCCCAAAUCAACACUGACAUCAAGCAUAGAAAAAUUCUUAUAAGGUGUUAAUGUACUAAUGAAUGCCUUUCUUCAAAAAAGGGGCUAUUCUUUCUUUUAGUUUCUUCUUUUUUAAGUCCAUGUAUCAUGUUUUUCAUAAUUUGUUUACUUAAAUAUACUUUUUAAUGCUCCCGUGUAGUUAUUAUCAGGUGCAGCCUUAUUUUAUGUUUUUAGAUUAAUCUAGUUACUGAUGUUUUAAGAAGUAAAUUUGCUGUUAAAUUAUAGUACAUGUUACAUUGAUUUUGA